AUGGCUGUUCCAUCUAUCUCUUCUUUGGCUCCAUUAGCUGACAAAUUAGAAUCCGCAAAAAGAGCUGCUGCUUACAGAGCUAUCGAUGAAAACAUUGAUUUCCAAAAUGACAAAGUCAUUGGUAUUGGUAGUGGUAGUACUGUUGUGUACGCUGCUGAAAGAUUGGGCCAAUACUUGAAGGAUGCUGAAUACAGCGCCUUGGUAUCUCAAUUUAUCUGUAUCCCAACUGGUUUCCAAUCCAGAAGAUUGAUUCUUGAUAACGGUUUGAAAUUAGGGUCAAUUGAAGAAAAUUCUGCGAUAGAUGUUGAUUUCGAUGGUGCUGAUGAAAUCGAUGACCAAUUAAACCUAAUUAAAGGUGGUGGUGCAUGUCUAUUCCUAGAAAAGUUAGUCUCAACAAGUUCAAAGAAAUUCAUUGUUGUUGCUGAUUACAGAAAGAAGGCUCCAAAGUAUCUAAGUACAAACUGGAAAAGUGGUAUACCGAUUGAGAUUGUUCCAUCUGCAUACGUUCGUGUCUCUGACGAUUUGAAGAAACUAGGUGCCAAAAAAGUUAUUGUUAGACAAGGUGGUUCAGCUAAAGCUGGUCCAGUUGUCACUGAUAACAAUAACUUUUUGAUUGAUGCUGACUUUGGUAUGCUAGAAAAUCCAAGUGAGUUGCACCACAAGAUAAAGGCUUUAGUUGGUGUUGUUGAAACUGGUUUAUUCAUCGACAAUGCUUCUAGAGCAUAUAUCGGUAAUGCUGACGGCACUGUUGAAGUCUUCGACAAAUAA